CUCUCAAGUCUGAUCCGUCUCCCAGACGUCCCCGCGCGUCGUCCUCCUCGCCCUCCAAGCCGCCGGUGUUCGGCCAGACCCUGACCACACGCCGCUGCCAUUAUGCUGCCAGCCACACUGCUCCGCCGCCCCGGCCUGGGUCGCCUCGUGCGCCAGGCCCGCGCCUACGCCGAGGCUGCCGCCGCUCCGGCCCCAGCUGUGGGCCCGGGACAAAUGUCUUUUACCUUCGCGUCACCUACGCAGGUCUUCUUCAAUGGGGCCAAUGUCAGGCAGGUGGAUGUGCCCACGCAGACGGGAGCCUUCGGUAUCCUGGCAGCCCACGUGCCUACCCUGCAGGUCCUGCGGCCGGGACUGGUUGUUGUCCACGCUGAGGAUGGCACCACCUCCAAAUACUUCGUGAGCAGUGGCUCGGUCACAGUGAAUGCUGAUUCAUCAGUUCAGUUACUGGCCGAAGAGGCCGUGACACUGGACAUGCUGGACCUGGCGGCCGCCAAGGCAAACUUGGAGAAGGCACAGUCGGAGCUGUCAGGGGCAGCGGACGAGGCUGCGAGGGCUGAGAUCCAAAUCCGCAUCGAGGCCAACGAAGCCCUGGUGAAGGCUCUGGAGUAGGCAGUGCGUGUCCCUCACCAGCAUCAGCAGGGAAACCAAGGUCCAGAGUAGGACAAGCUGUAACCAGCUCCCAUGGGUCCAGUAUGCCUGGGGGAGGGCAACGCUUUUGAGAGGGAGCUGUGCUAGCUGACAGGACCACUAGGGGGCAGCGCAGUGCCAGUUUCCCCUACAGCACACUCCCCGGGAGCCAGGCCUGGUGGGUAGGGGUGAGCUCAGAGACCGUGCUCUGCCUUUGGGGGGACUCACCUGGGGGCCUGGCCUCCUGCCUACAAAGAUACCACCAACCUGACUUGUCACCCACCACUCUCGUCCCUGUAGAGAUCUCUGCUCCCUGGCACCUUCGAACAGCCUGCCUCUUGGUCCGCACCCCAUUAAACACCAGGGACCCCA